UAUUUUGCUUUUUGGUGUUGUCCUUGUUGGAGCCGAGUUGAAGAAGACUUGAUGGUCACAUUUCGCUAGCAAAAAUUAGCGCGUUGAAAGAAAGAAAAUCAUGCGUAUAAAAUAAACAUGCAUGUGCGUCGAUCUGUCGUAAUUGAUUGAUAAGCGCGUCAAAACCGAAUCAGUUUGAAGUCUUUUAUCAAAAUCAAAAAGUGACAGUUUAAGGAAUAAAGUAGAUAUCACCGGGAAUAAAGUGUACUAUAAGCUUGCAGUAAUGCUUAUGUUUUAAUAAUAUGAAUAUAGAUGAAGAUAUUUUUGAAGAUUCCGGAAACGAAACUAGCGGAGACGAUGUGGAUUUUGGGAUCGAGCCGGACAAUGUCUCAACAAGCAAUAUACAAAACUUUGAAGAUGAUUAUCCCUACGAGGUGCUCUCCACCGAUGAUAUUGUCCAGCACAUGAUCGACUGCAUAAAAGAGGUGAACACUGUUGUGCAAAUACCAGCAACCACCACAAGGAUAUUACUUAAUUAUUUCAAUUGGGAUAAAGAAAAGUUAAUGGAAAGAUUUUACGAUGGUAACCAAGAUCAACUUUUUAAGGAGGCUCACGUUGUUAACCCUUUUAAAAGGCAAGCAUCAACAGCGAAACCUAAAAGUACUAGAAAAGUAUUGGGUACAGAAGAAUGUGAAAUAUGUUACAUGAUAUUACCACCAUCUCAAAUGACCGGUUUAGAAUGUGGCCACAGGUUUUGUUAUCAAUGUUGGAGUGAAUAUCUUACUACAAAAAUUAUGGAAGAAGGUGUUGGCCAAACUAUUGCUUGUGCAGCUCAUAAUUGCCCUAUUCUGGUUGAUGAUCAAACCGCAAUGAGAUUAGUUAAAGAUCCAAAAGUAAAAAUUAAGUACCAACAUCUUAUUACUAAUAGUUUUGUUGAAUGUAAUCGCUUAUUACGCUGGUGCCCUAGUCCUGAUUGCAAUUAUGCUAUUAAGGUAACCUACGUCGAAAGCCAUCCAGUGACAUGUAAGUGUGGUCACGCAUUUUGUUUCGUGUGCGGUGAAAAUUGGCACGAUCCAGUAAAAUGCAAUUUAUUAAAGAAAUGGAUAAAAAAAUGCGAUGAUGACUCGGAAACGUCCAACUGGAUAGCUGCGAAUACGAAGGAGUGCCCUAAAUGCAAUGCGACUAUCGAAAAAGAUGGCGGUUGUAAUCAUAUGGUCUGCAAAAAUCAGAAUUGCAAAGCGGAUUUUUGUUGGGUGUGUCUAGGCCCUUGGGAACCACAUGGUAGCUCCUGGUAUAAUUGUAAUCGUUACGAUGAGGAGGAAGCGAGAGCGGCUAGAAAUGCGCAAGAAAGAUCGAGAUCGGCCCUCCAAAGGUAUCUUUUCUACUGCAACAGAUAUAUGAACCAUAUGCAGUCAUUGAAAUUUGAGCACAAACUGUACGCGUCCGUUAAAGAUAAAAUGGAAGAGAUGCAACAACAUAAUAUGAGUUGGAUUGAGGUGCAAUUUUUGAAGAAAGCCGUCGAUAUAUUGUGCGAAUGUAGGCAAACGCUUAUGUACACUUAUGUCUUUGCUUAUUAUUUAAAGAAGACCAAUCAAUCGGUUAUUUUUGAAGAAAACCAAAAGGAUUUGGAACGGGCGACGGAAAUGCUUAGCGAAUAUUUGGAAAGGGAUAUAACUCAAGAGAAUUUGGUUGAUAUCAAGCAAAAAGUUCAAGAUAAGUACAGAUACUGUGAUGGUAGACGCAAAGCGCUUUUAGAUCACGUGCACGAAGGUUACGAAAAGGACUGGUGGGAAUAUAACGAAUAAAUUCCGUUUCAAAUUGUUUUCCCUUUUGCUUUUCGCGAAAAAUAAAUGAAAGAAAGAGAGUCACUGAAAUGCUAAGUAAUUUAUUAACAUUCAAUAAAAGUAUAUUUAUAUAAAAUAUUUCUAUCAGAUAUGUUUUGAUUAUUCUUUAAAUAGCGUACAUUCUGCCCUCCCCUGUCGAUAUAAUAGAUGUAUAAAUGAAAUUUUUUCCUUAAAAAAACGAUAUGGAUUUAUUCGUUUAUCCACAGUCGCUAUUAGUUUAGUUCAUGUAAAACACUGUAACUUAUGGUCGAGUAAAUUUGCUGGAAACUUAUACUUUUUAAUUAUUCAUUUACACUUUUUAUUUUUGGAAUUUUAACAAAGCUCAAACUUUUUAAGACUUUAUUGUAAUUAAAGAAAGACAAAAAGAACAGGCAUUCAUUUCUAUAUAAUUACAGACUUAGCAUAAGAACCUAGAUAAUUUUUAUGUUUUAGUAGUAUAAAACACGGAUAGUUUAAUUAAUAAAAUAGAAUUUUUGAAUAGAUAAUUUAAUUUUUCUUUCUAUUAUCAUUAUUAUUAAUUUUUAGCUUUUCACGUUUGUGGAUAAAUGAAUAAGUAUUUGUAAAAAAAAUUAAUUGAAUUGUAACUUCCUUCUAUAGAAGUGAGUGACGCCAGAACGCAAAUUAAAACAAAAGGUCACAACAUUUAUUUUGUUUCUCACAUUAACUGGGUUAAAUUAAUAAAUUAAUUAAAACUGGAUUUAAUAAAAAAAACUUAUUAUAAGAAGAUACAUCAAAGAUGUUCUAAUAUUUUAUUACUUCCUGGUCAAAAAACUUUUGCUUUACAUGGUGUAUUUGCUUGGGUCAAAUACAACAAAGUAAAAAAUUCUAUUUGUUGAUUUAUGUUAGAUGACCUGUAGCUGUUAAGUUGUCUAUUAAUAAAGAUAUUGAGAUCCAGAA